AUGUAAUAAAUUACAAAUUAGAAGUUUGAGUCACUCAGAGAACAACUGACCUCGUCUUAUAAACAAUCUCAAAUACUAUCUACUUAGAGACACCAAUGCUAGCUUUAUUAAUCUUCAAUUAUUAGGGGUGAGGACAGUUGUCUGGAAUAAAGUAAACUUGAACAAGAGUAAGAAUAGGAUUAAGAAUAAGGAACGUUGCCCUCUUCAAUAAGGUCUAUGAAGAAGAAAAAAUAAUAAGCUCGCGUGGUAUAGAUUUUACUCAUCCCUUUAGAUGGCAUCAUAAUAUAACUAAAAAGAAAUACUUUAAAGUACUAGCAAAAAAAGCAUAAUCCCAAAAAUCCUUAUAAUUUAGAGGAACUACAGGAGACAUUUAAAUAUGAAAUCAUUUCAUAAAAAACUUAAAUAACUUAGAAGCAGGAAAUUCGUAGUUGAUGAAUUUCACUAAAUAGAAAAGAAUUACAAUGAAGACUUAAAUAUCAUAGUUGGUAGAUUAAUACCAGAUAUUAAGUAAUAAGUUAAAAUGCUAUUUAGUUAGGCGUGAUUAAAUUUUAACUUAAGAUGAGUUGCUAUCUCUAUUUUUAAAUGUUGAACAAAUACAACAAUUAAAUUGCAAAUUUUAUAUCACAAUACAAUGUAAUUAAUAAUUCUAUCUAAGAAAUUUUACAAAAAUAUAAACACUUUCUUAUUAUUUCAUAAUAAUUCAAGAUUUAUAUCCCUUUUUUUAAAAUCUAUUAUGAUUACUGCAGCAGAUUUUAAUUAGAAAAUAUAAAUAAACUACGCAAUAGCAAAGUAGAUAAUUGUUUUUAUUUCUAGGCAGAAUUCAACUCAUACAUUCAAAAUAUAGAGGCGUGUGGAAUUCUUAAAGGCUUGACAUUUGAAUCCUUUCUUGUCAAACCUGUAUAAUAAUUACCCAGAUAUGUGUUGAUGAUAGAAAAAUUAGUUAAAUAUACAGAAUUGAAUCAUCCUGAUUACAAUGGUCUUAAAUAGAUACAAGAAUAAUUCUGUAAAAUCAAUGAAUAAAUUAACCAAAUGAUGAAUACGUAAUUAAUUUCAUUAUUAGCUUAAUAGAACUCAAAGUAAUUUGAAAUUACUGGCGUAAUUCGGAACAAUUGAUUAAUAGGAAAUUGAGAUGAUCUAAAAAAAGUAGCAAGAAGAAGAGCAAUUCCUAAAAAAAUUAUAAUAAUAAGUUUCUAUUUAGAUUGUUUCCACUUUCAAAUAGAAGGAUGGAAUCCAUACAUUCAUUGUCUACAUAAUCUAAGUAUUUGUAUCUUAAAUUAAAAAGAUUUAAAUCAAUACUUACAGAAUUAGAACAUAUCAAAGAUAUAGUGAUUUGAUUGAACUCCAAACAGCUCUAUUAGAUAGAAAUUUUAGAACUGAAUAAUUCUAAAGAAACUGUAUAAAUCUCAUAUCAGAAGACAAACUAAUCUAAGCUCGAUAAGAAUCCAUAUAAGAUUUCCUAAAAUCCAUAUUUUUUAAUACAUAAAUGAAAAAAUAUGAAGAUAUUCUCAUUUAGCAUCUAGAUCUCCCUGAAAACUUUUUUGCAAUAGAUAAAGAUCACAAUGAAACCUUAGUUACAAUGAGAGGUAGUUACACAACUUAGAUGAGAAAUACAUUGUUUUAGGAAGAUGAGUUUGAAAUUGUUGUAUUUUUACCAGACGAUAAAAGCAUUACUUUGUAGAUAACUAAACAUUGCAAAACUAUAGAUUUAAUAGAUACUGUUUGCAGGUCUAUAUUUUUAGAUAGAAACUUUGAUUUUAAAUUGAUGAUUCUACAAAACAAUACUUGCAGAUACUUAGAUGACAAUGAAGUUGUUUAUAAAGUAAUGAAAAAUUAUAAUCACAAAAAAAGAAGUAUUAUAAUAGAUGUAUUAUUUUUAGAUUUCCUGUCUAAAUUAUUAAAUGGGAUCUAUUAUUCAUUCAGUUCUCAGUAAUAACCGAAAUUUUAUUUGAAGAAAUAUCUGUAUCUUAGCUAUGAAAUUGAAUUUUAAGAAUUUAAUAAAAAUAAACGGAGAUCCCUUUUAUUAUUUUAUUAAGAAUUAUCUCAAUUAAAAUUCAAUCAUUCCAAUUUAAGCCAAAAAGAUUAUGUAAUACAAAGUGCAUUAGCAAUCUGUAUUCUAUAUAACAAUCAAAUACAUAAGAUUAGAACAUAUGAAUAAGUGAGAAUGCAUUGGUUUCAGAACUUUGUGCCUCUAUUAAUUCUAAAUAGUGUAAAGAAGGUAGAUUGGAGAAAAUAGAUCUUCUAACAAAUUAAAAGAAUAUUGAUUGAGUUGCAAGAAUAGUAAAAUUAACAAGAAUGCAAAAAUGAAAUAAGAAUCUUAGAAAUUUAAUUCCUUAAUAAUCUUUAUAAAUAAAAAUAGCAUGGAAUAAAGAUGUUCACAGUAAAAAUGAUGUAAAAUUCAUUUCUAAAAAAGUAAAAGAGAAUGCCUAUUAACAUUACACUUGGUAUUCUACAUAAUGAGAUCUUGAUCUUUGAAUUAAAUCAAUAAGUUCCAUUAAUGUAGUUCCCAAUUUAGUAAUUGCAGUAGAUAUCUAUUUAGAAUAGUGUAAUGGUAACUACUUUUCUUGAUGGAUACAUUACAUUUAAACAUUAAUCAAUUAUGGAAGUCUAUAGAUUAAUGGAAGAAUACUAACAAAUCAGUCUGUUAAAAGAUAAAUUAGGCUACCCAGAUACAGUAGAAACAAACGAUGUCAGUUAAAUUAGCUGA